AUGGCUCCAGCGGCUGAAACGAGAGGGCCCGAGCUCAUGGCAGUUAUGAUUGCUUUCUUCGUCAUGUCCCUCAUCUCCUGUUUAUUGCGGUUCUACGUUCGAUGUUUCAUGAUCAGGGCGUUCAAAAUUGAUGACUGGUUUAUGGUCCUAGCCAUGAUAUUUUACACUCUAUAUGCAUCCUUCUCUAUUUAUGGCGUCACUCAAGGGACUGGCCAACACAUGGAGAAUCUCAGCUUGGAGCAGAUCCACAAGGCCAUGUUGUGCUGGUGGCUUGGUUAUAUCUGGUACUGUCUCACCAUGCUAGCCUGUAAACUAUCAAUUGGUCUCUUUUUGCUCCAUAUAGCAACUAGCAAACUGCACAAGUGGACGAUCUACAUAACCAUGUUUUGCUCCAUAGUCUCGGGGAUCCUCUUCUUCUUCAUUUCUGUGUUUCAAUGCCGCCCGAUAUCCUUCGCAUGGUACAAGGAUCAGCCUGGGAAAUGCAUACAUCUCAACGUCACUAUCACCUUGACGAUUACUUAUAGUAUCACUGCUGUUAUUUCCGAUUUUGUGUUUGCAAUUCUCCCGGGACUUAUAGUUUGGAAGCUACAACUUAAAAAGAGAGUUAAAUAUUCCUUGAUACCUCUUCUUGCUAUGGGCUGCGUUGCGAGCGCUGCCGUCGUUGCUCGGUUUCCGUACCUUGCUGGGUACAGGAAACCUGAUUGGCUCUGGCACACUGUGGAUGUUGCAAUCUGGUCGGCAAUUGAACAGGGCUUAGCAAUAACUGCUACCAGCUUGGCAACUUUACGGCCUUUGUUCAAACUCGCAGGAUUUCGUCUUGGUCUUGCUAGUAAACCCACAUCAUUCGGAACAUAUGGUCAUAACUCAUCGUCACGUACUGCUGGAUCUGGUAACCACGCUGGCCUUUCUCGGCAAUUUCCUGGCCGUGAAGUUCACGCUCUCCCAUCUAUCAACCGUCUAGACGCCGCAGACAGAACAAAGAACGUAAACAACUCAAGGUUCUUAAACGAGAGCGAAGUUGGUAUCAGGAGGGAGAUAAAAUGGGAGGUCAACUUAUCAACUCAAUUCAGGAGUGAAAGCAAGGAAAUCCUGCGUUCACCUGACGCUUGGAUCGAUAAGCCUGGCAGUCAUUGGGUUUAG